AGAGAUAGUGAGCGAAAAACUUUGUGCGAGCGAGACGAGAAGGACGCGGCAGGAGAGGAACGCGCACACGGGGCAGGAUUGGGAAGUGUUCAAUGCCACGGGAUUACCUUCCGCCCGCCGUGCUUGGCCCGAGCCGCCGCGCGCUCCUGCAGCGGACGGACGCGGGACCUCGAUGAUCCGCGAGCCCGGCCGCUGAGUGUCCCGGCUGUGCUCUCGCGACGCGGCUAGCCCGCUCCGCCCGCUCCGCAGGUGGGGACCCAGGAGCGGCCCCGGAGUCAGAUGGCGGUACUGGCGAUGCCCAGGACUCAGAACCUUCUGCACGCGUUCUUACAGGACCGGACCCCCAGCUCCUCCCCCGACAGCGGCCCCCAGCGGCCCCUGCCCUUCCUGGCGUCCACGUGCGGGCAGGCGAGGCCCGCGGCCCCCGAGGCGCCCCCGUUCCCCUAUGAGGCGGCCGUGGGGUGCAGCUCGGGCAUGUUUCCGCUGUGGAGCAACGAGGCGCCCCCCGGCGCGGGCCUGGGGGCGCACCAGAUGGCGUUCGGCAUGCCCAAGGUGCAGUUCCCGGGGCACGUGCAGCCAGGCUUGGGGUCCCACCACCCCCAACACCAACACCCCCCCCACGAGCUGCCCCUCACCCCCCCGGCAGAACCCCUGCCCCCCCACUACUCCUUCGAACUGUCCCCCGUCAAGGUGCUCCCCUCCCAGGCGCAGGGCGGCGGCUCCUAUCCCUACCCCCAGCCCAGCGGCAUCAUGGGACAGAGCUUCCCCAGCUUCCUGCCGAACUCCUCCGCCCGCCAUCACCUGCCCGCGGGGGCGCACAUGGACGACGGCCAGCAGUGGUGGAGCCUCCCCCCGGCCAACGCCCCGCCCCCCGGGCACCCCUUCGCUCUAGGGCGCCCCCUGGUGCUGGGGCCCCAGCCGCAGAUCGCCGCCCUGCUGCAGGGCCCCUCCAAGGGCCUGCUGAGCUCCACGCGCCGCUGCCGCAGGUGCAAGUGCCCCAACUGCCAGGCGGGCGCCGGCGCCCCCCCGCCGGACGAGCCGGGCCGCAAGAAGCUGCACGUCUGCCACCUGCCCGAGUGCGGCAAGGUGUACAAGAAGACCUCGCACCUCAAGGCCCACCUGCGCUGGCACGCGGGCGAGCGCCCCUUCGUCUGCAACUGGCUCUUCUGCGGCAAGAGCUUCACCCGCUCGGACGAGCUGCAGCGCCACCUGCGCACGCACACCGGCGAGAAGCGCUUCGGCUGCCAGGAGUGCGGCAAGCGCUUCAUGCGCAGCGACCACCUGGCCAAGCACGUCAAGACGCACCAGAACCGGAAGGGCCGGCAGGCGCACUUCCUGGGCGGGCCGGAGAGCGUGCUGGGCGGCAUUAAGAAGGAGUAGGAGCUCGCCUCGCUGCGCGCCGGCCGACUUUCGCUUUUUGACCUGUUACCGUUCCCCACCCCUUCCAAUUUUGCCUGUUAGCGGAACUCCUCCAACCCGUUUCUCCACGAAUCCGCUUCGCCGUCAUUAGGAUCCCCUGUCGGUUCUGCCGGCUGCGCGCACGGACUGCUACGGCGCGCGUUCCUGAGGGCUGCGCGGCCCCGCCUGGUGAACCCUGAGCCGAGGCGAACGCGCGCUCCCCGGAGAGGGCUCCUGCGCGCGUCCGUGCUGGAUUGACGUCAGUGAUCGCCGAGGCUCCUGGAGAUGACACGCACCUGACCCGAAGUCCCACGGCUUCUCCAGGAGGCUGUCUUGCCCGUAUAUUUGAGUUUGUAUAUAUAGCUCCUAUACAUACAGAAGAAUUAUAUUAUAAUUCCUGGACUACAUUCCUGUAACAUCACAGUUUCUUGUAAUAUUUUAAUUAAUAGGUACUAUGGAAUUCAUAGUUCCCCACGAUAUUGUGAAAUUUGACACGAUUUUUUUUACUGUAUUUCAGUUCUAACUUUAUAUAUAUAUAUGGUCCAGAAUGUAAAAAUAGUCUGUGCCUCACUCGUCAGCUGUACCUGCUGUGAUGAAUUCAGCGUGUCGCUGCCGCCAGAGUGGGGAGCUGGCCUUUUUUUUUAAAAAAAGAAGGAUUUCAGAGCGUUCCCAAUUCCUUUGUCCUUACGAAGCCUGCUGGAAACGUUUCUUGAACAGUCUUCGAACACUUCAAGCAUGUUAUGCCGGCCCCUGUAGCGAUUUGUCUAGGCGCACAAUGCUUUGGAGACUCCAUUAGGUGGGAACACUGAUGCGCGUCUCGGUUGUAAUGUCAGUAUUGUAAUAUUCCUAAUUACAGCCCGCUAAGUGUCCUUGAGAACUGAUCCUACUGCUUUCCCUCCGGCCCUCCGGAGCGCCGAGCGGCGUCAGAUGUGACCGGCUGUACCCCCCGGAGUGGGCCGUCUGGAGCGGAACCGCGGAUUCGGCUGUAUAUAGUGUAUAUCUGUCUGCAGUGCAACGGCUUGUGUAAAGGAGUUUCGACCGGAAAUAAAAAAAAAACAUACUUUGUUCUAAUUAAACUGUUUAAAAAAGCCC